AUGGCGAACGACACGGAUAAAGGGACCGUGGCGGGGGUAUCGGUCGAUCAGACUCAUGAAAUUACUCCGAACAUAUCGGAUAAUGAUGCUUUCCGCGAACUUACCUCCCCGACUAAAGAUGUUGAGCGAAGACCAGACGCCGGGAGCCUGCAGGCGGGUGUUCAACGGGCAGAUAUAUUGCGCAACACGUGGAGCAAGCAAGGUUUGAUCACAGCUUUUGUGGGUCUCUUCCUAGCGACCCUUGCCAUCAACUUUGGUGACUAUGCCACCCAAGUUUACGUUCCGUAUACCACCAGCGCCUUCAAACAGCACUCAGCUAUGAGUGCUGCUCGUGUGGUAAUGAAUAUCACACGUAUCUCGGCCUACCCUAUCAUUGCUAAGCUAGGUGACGUACGGUAUUUGACACCACCUGCCAGGCUAUCGUUGACAUGGCGCAGGUAUUCGGCAGCAGGAAUAUUUGAGGCCAUCGGUUCAACUGGCUACGCCCUCACGCAACAGGUUUUCGUGGCAGAUGUGACCACUUUGAUUAACCGUGGCAUCUGGUCAACACUGCCAGAUUCGCUAACCACGAUACCUACAUUAUACCUUGGCACCAUUGUGGCCCAGCGCAUCUUAGAUCACUCAACAUGGCGCUGGGGAUGGGGAAUGUGGGCAAUCAUUCUGCCAGUUUGUUCGGUACCAUUGAUUGCUACUAUGUUGAUUUACCAGCAUCGAGCUUCAGUGCAAAUGCCCAAGACUUCAGGAGCAGAUUGUAUCCCCUCUCAGCCACUAUGGAAAAGGACCUUCGAUCUCCUCUGGGUUCAGCUUGAUCUUCCUGGAGGGUUACUAUUAGUCGCCGGUCUAUCUCUCCUCCUCAUCCCAUUAUCACUGACGGGCGCAAACAACAGCAACGCCUGGCAUAAGGGAUCAUUCGUUGCCAUGGUAGUUCUUGGUAUUGUACUUCUCGUUGCCUUUAUCAUAUGGGAUGCCCGGUUUGCCAAAAAGCCUUUCGUCCCGUACCGAAUGAUCAAUAAUCGUACGGUUGCAGCAGCAUGUAUUCUCGGCGCAUUAGACUUCUUCCAUUACUCGGUGUUCUCGGUCUUCUUUACCAGCUACCUGCAGGUAGCAGGACAUUUCAGUGCCGGUCAUGCAACCAGAAUCGACAAUUCUCUGCGAGUCGCCUUCCAAGUCUCUGGAAUUUUCGUCGCAUUUUUCAUGAAGUAUACAAAACGCUCACAGGUAUGGGUCUUCACCGGUGUGCCGCUCUGUGUACUCGGUAUGGGCGUCCUACUAUAUCUCGUCGACAUGGGAAAUAGAAGAACAGGCAACGAGGCAGCGUUUGUGACUGCGAAAGCACUGAUCGGUAUUGGCCGAGGAUUCUAUCAGACUGCUUCGCAGGUCUCUGUCCAAGCGGUCGUAACUCGGCAGGAGGUUUCUGUCGUUACGGCCGUGUUCUUUGCUUCGAUGAGUGUGGGCGGGGCUAUUGGAACAAGCGUGGCCGGUGCAAUAUGGCGCAGCACUCUUCCGUCAAAACUUCAAGAGUAUCUACCCGACGAUGCCAAGUCGCAAGCAAAAGCUAUCUUUGGAUCCAUCAAAGUGGCCCAGAAGUACACACUCGGGAGCCCGAUUCGAGAAGCCGUUGACCGCAGCUAUCGCGAGUCGCAGCGGUUGCUGGGUAUUGCUGGACUUGCUGCUUUAGCCCCGAUGUUGAUUGUGAUGUUCUUUUUGAGGAAUGUGAAGUUGGAUGAGAGGUUGGAGACCGAGGAGGGGGAUGAGGGUCAGACGCAAGGGAGGGGAAGGGAUAGAUCCUGA